CUCAGCCACACAGGACACAGCAAGGCAAUUAAAUACAGCUAACUGUGUAAUUAUCUGUGGGAGAUAUUCCAUAGGGUGCCUUCAUGUUGCCCCUUGUCUUCACUGUGCUCGUUCUGUACUCUUGCUUCCUAACCAGUGGAAGCUGUGACCCUUAUGAUGAGCUAAAGGAAUUGAAAACUGAAUUUGACAUCAAUCUCUACCACCGAUUAGCAGAACCAGAGAACAGAACUAACUUGAUAGUUGCACCAGCAAGUGUGUCUAUUUCUUUGGGGCUACUGCAGUUUGGAGCUCGAGGAAACACCUUUAUGCAGCUGGAAAAUGCUCUUGGGUACAGCGUCCAUGAUCCUAAAAUGCAAGACUUCUUGCAUACUGGAUACGAAGAAGUGACCAAUUCUAGCCAAGGGCCUGUGGUUCAGCUGGCAUGUGCCCUAUUUGUGCAAGCUGGAGUUCACCUGUCUCCUGACUUCAUUGAACAUACUGCACUCUGGGCAAACAGCAGCCUGCAAAAAAUCAACUUCAGUGAGCCUAACAGCACUGCUGCACAGAUAAAUGAAUGGGUUACCAGUAACACUGAAGGUGGAGAUGCAGACUGCAUACAUCUGGAUACAGUUGGUUCACCACUUACUCAGAUGGCUUUGGUGAGCACCAUGCAUUUCAAAAGCAUGUGGCAAAAGAAACUCUCUUUCACAGAUACUCAGUCCUUGCCUUUUACCACUGCGGAUGGCAUCACCCUGAAAGUGCCCAUAAUGUGCCACACGGCUGAAGUCAAUUAUGGUCAGUUCCACACCGCAUUGCUGGAGCGGUUCAGUGUAGCCGAGUUGCCUUACCUGGGGGAGACAGUCAGCAUGUUUGUGGUGCUUCCCAGUGAUAGGAGGACAUCUCUGUCCCAUAUUGAGUCACAUCUCUCAGCUAAAAUCAUCACUGUUUGGGCCAACAGCUUAAAAAGAAUGAAGAUGGAUAUUUUCCUACCUAGAUUCAGAAUUCAAAGUCACUUUGACUUAAAAAUGGUUUUACCUGCCUUGGGAAUUACAGACAUGUUUGAUCCAACUGAGGCUGAUUUUAAAGGUAUUUCAGAGCAAGGCGGGCUUUACAUUUCAGAAGCUAUUCAUAAAGCAAAGAUUGAAGUGACAGAAGAAGGUACAAAAGCAUCAGGAGCUACAGCUAUGGUGCUAUUAAAAAGAUCUCGAACUCCUAUUUUCAAAGCAGACAGACCUUUUCUCUUUUUCCUAAGGCACGCCAAUACAGGUAAGCAUAAUUCAUUUGUUCAGUAUAGGAGUCACUCACCUAAUA